AUGGGGGCAGCCGCGUCGUCCGGAAGACGAGUUCCCCGUGCGACCAGUGCCUCGCCGUACGAUCACUCGCAGGCCAUGUUGCUUGUAAACGGCUCCGUGAGGCGAGCUGCAAGGAGGAAUUUGAAUCAUCCUAUUAAAAACGGAAAUGUUGGUGUUGAUCUUGGUGCGAUACGGAAGAUAGACCAGCGCAGUCAAAAGACGAAAGCCGCUGACCGUGAAGAAAUAAAAUUUGACAAUAACGAUGCUGAUCCUGCUACGUUGCACAUUUUAAAUGCCGUGAGGGAGGCGGAUUCAUUACCAGAUAAAAAGGCUUCGUUGAAGCUGAAUUUACUGCGUGGCUGCUAUCCACUUCUUGAGCAGGUUCCCCCACACCGUUUUGAGCACCUUGCCGUGCUUGUUUAUCAAAAGGAGGGCGAUGUGUACUUUGCUCAAGGUGAUAAGGAAAGUGCCAAGACGACAUACAGUCGUGCGAUUCAAAUUGCUGAAACGCGUGUGGCUCGAGGUGAAAAAGAAAUAUACAUGGUUCUUAAACGGUAUGUGCUGUCUAUGGUGGGUAUGGCACGGUUAUGGUACGAACAGGAGCGCGAGACGACUGGCUUUACGCUUGCUGAUAAGGGCAUUCCCGUGACGUUUCCAGAGGAGAGGAAUACGCCGUCUGUUAGUUCCUGUGACAGUAGUUUCCUUUCUGACGCCAGUACGUUCAGUUUGAAUCAAGAAAUUAUUAAGUCCAUGACGCCAAAACCCCCACGACGCCGCGCUGGGCCGUCAGUUAACGUUGUGCGACUGCCUCGCCCAACGAAAAUAAAGUGCGCAUUCACUGCAGAAGAUGAUUUUG